GCCUGCACGUUCUCCUCGACCACCACCGCCUUCCUUUGUUCUCGAUGGGGACCAACACCACGAUGCAAUCACUUUACAAGCGGCAAAUCAAUAGUUCGGAAUUGUAAGGGAUCGAGAGUUGCAGCUGCCUGCUCUGGCGCUUUCAAGAGACAAUGUGUUCUCAACUUCAUAAGAGCCUGUAACACUCCGGCAGCAGUGCACCAGCACUCGUGUGCAGUGACGACGCAGAUGAGGCAUUUGUCGCCCCUGGACGCCGGGGAAGAUGGGAGUCGUUGUGCGCUUGUGAGGAUGUCAGACCAUCUGCCUGUUCCCCACACCUUUCACAGGUGUCUAGAAACACCUUCACCGGACCAGAAGCCAUCAGUUCGCUCAACAAAAACAUCGCUUGACCGCCAUUUAGACGAAAUCGUAAAGUUCGAACAUCAACAGCAGAAACAAAAAAAACAAAAAAACAAAAAAAAAAAAAAGAAAAACAUACAACAGCGGGUAUUCGCUAGUGGUCACCCACCUAACUACUAAUCCGCCGGUACGUUGCUUAAAUAGGGCUGAGCGAACGGGAAGCCUUGUUUUCAACGUCCUAUGGUCGUAUGUGAAAAUGCAACUAAAAACAAUAAAGAU